AUGUUCAGAAACAAGUUUGGAAUUAAUGAAAUUUUGAAAACAUACAGUGAUAUGGAAACCUCGGGAGACAGAGUUCCCCAGCGACCACUGGCUAAACUUAUGUUCUACCUCAAAUCAGUGUCCAACUGUGUGGACAUUGAAGAUUUGUGUGAUUUACAGCGAUGGACAGAUUUCACUCAUUAUCAUCUGCUCACAAAUAAAGAGGCGGACGGUGUGGCGCGUUUGUGCUUCGCUCUGUCGCCAGAUGUACUUAGAGACAAGUGUCUCAAAGACAGUGAUUCAAACACUAAGGAUUUUGAUACAGUAGUUUACAAUCUGGACCACGCUAAGAGACAGUGGGUACAGGGUGUGUCAGAUCACGUGACUCUCAGUGGUAGUCUGCUUCGUGUUACGGGGGUAAUAGCCUGCAAGUCAGAGUGGUUAGAGGAGUUUUAUUAUGCUCCAAUCAAGCAUUAUGAACACGUGCUGGAAGGCGCCAGAAUGACUUUCAGACUCGGAUCUUCAUCUUCAGGUCUAAAACAGAAAUCUCAGACAACGUAUGGAACUUUCUCUAUGACAGGUUGUGUGAAGUGAUGUAAUGUGAUGUCAAUGAACUUUACAAUAUAUCAGUUAUUGUUAUACUGCCGUGUUCCUAAAUUGUUUAUUAAUAUCAGGAUUUAACUUUUAAUUAAUUACCAAUUGUUGUUUAUUUUGUAUGAAAAUAAAUUUUAUUUAUAAAUAUUUGAAAA